UCUUAUUGCCUGCUGCAGCAGGACACACCCCCCUCCUGCUCUGUUGCACUCCCAACACAAAUAGUGUGAACAAACUUCUAAACAUUUUUUUUACAGUUUUAGAUAAAUUGUUUCUAUGUAUUAUUAUUAUAAGCUGUGUUAUUUUGCAUUUUAAACGUUUGAUUCAUGUCAGAAAAACCACUAUGGCCAGAGAAGAAGAGCUAAUCCGGAUUGCUAAAAAAUUGGACAAGAUGGUGUCUAGAAAUAAUAUGGAGGGGGCACUGGACCUGCUGAAAGAGCUGAAGGCAUUUAAAAUGACUUUAAAACUACUUCAGGGCACGCGAAUCGGAAUGUCGGUGAAUGCAGUGCGGAAGCACUGUCCUGAUGAGGAGGUCAUCACGCUGGCUAAAAUCCUGGUCAAGAACUGGAAGAGGCUGCUCAUGGAAUCGGCUGACGCUCAGAAAGGAGAGCUCGAGAAAGGAGAGGGCAAUGAGAAAAGGAGGGAGGAGAUUUCUCACAGCAAGCCCACGAGUACUGGGGGGCCGACACUGCCAACCAGACAACCAGACAAGGAGGCAAGUAAGGGAGAUUCGUCUGAUUCAAAAUCCAUUUCAGUUUCUCCAAAGAAGCACCCAGGCGAGCAUAAAAGGGAAAGAAAAGACUCAACAGAUUCCAAGUCCCUGCUUCCAAAACAACCUUCAACAUUUGAAAUCAAAAAAGAAAGAAAGGACUUGACGGAUUCCAAAUCAUUGCCUCCUAAACGGCGUUCUCUAGACACCAAAAAAGAAAGAAAAAACUCACCAGAUUUCAAGUUACUGCUCCAGCAACAGCCUUCCCUAGAUGCCAAAAAAGAAAGAAAAAACUCAAGAGAUUUCAAGUUAUUACUCCAGCAACGGCCUUCCCUAGAUACCAAAAAAGAAAGAAAAGAAUCGACAGAUUUCAAGUCGUUGCCUCAAAUACGACCUUCUCUAAAUCUCAAAAAAGAAAGAAAAGACUGUACAGAUCUCAUGCCAUUUCCUCAAAAGCGACCUUCCCUAGAUACAAAAAAAGAAAGAAAAGACUCAGAUACCAAUUCAUUGCCUCCAAAACGGCCCUCCAUAGAUACCAAGAAAGAAAGAAAGGACUCUUUUGAUUCUACUUCUGCCACAGCUAUAAGGAGACCUUCCUCAGACACUAAAGCAGAACAGAGAAACCCGUCCGACUCCCUGUUCAGCAGCACUUCCACGCCACUGAAAAAGCUCUCCCUUGACUGCAAAGGGGAAAGGAGAGAUUCCCAUAACUCCAAACCUGCAAUCCCGUCUCCGCCUCACAGGAAGCCAUCUACUGACUCCAGAGAAGAACGAGUAAACAACGGUAAAGGUAAAGUGGAGCCCCCAAAGACGCCCACAUCCCCCACCAGCCCGCUGACCCCCUCGUUCAGCCCCUCAGGGGGCACCCUCCCACCCCACCUGCUCACUGGGGAGACUAUACGUGACAAGUGCAUUGAGAUGCUGUCUGCUGCACUCAAAACUGACGAUGAUUACAAAGUCUACGGAACAAACUGUGAAUCCAUGGCAGCUGAGAUUGAAGAUCAUAUCUACCAAGACAUAAAAGCCACAGACAUGAAGUAUAAGAACCGCGUGCGCAGCCGUAUCAGCAAUUUAAAGGACCCCAAGAACCCCAACCUACGCAGGAACGUGCUAAGCAGGGCCAUAGAGCUCAGCAGGAUCGCCAGCAUGACUGCCGACGAAAUGGCCAGCGAUGAGCUGAAGAACCUGAGGAACGUGCUGACGCAGGAAGCUAUUCGUGAACACCAGAUGGCUAAGACCAGCGGAACCACCACGGACCUGCUCCAGUGUGGCAAGUGCAAGAAGAAGAACUGCACGUACAACCAGGUGCAGACUCGUAGUGCUGAUGAACCCAUGACCACCUUUGUGCUGUGCAACGAAUGUGGAAACCGCUGGAAGUUCUGCUAAGAAAAGACUCAUGGCAACCCGAGGCUGUGUUGCCGCUCAAUCUCAGCAUUUUAUACAGAUCAUUUCCACUGUGCUUUUGUAUGGGAGAAAAUGUAAAUGAAUGAUUCGUAAGGCUAAUGCAUUGUAUAGGGCUUUUAAUUUAUACAUGUCUUUUUAAAACAAGCUUUUUUUUUUUUUUUUUUUUUUUUAAAUCAACGCAAGUUAAUAAUUGAGGCUAUUUAAGUUAAAUUUGCAGGUGGAAACACAGGUUGAUAAUACUAGUGACUGAGUAGAACAAAAAAGGUCUCGGGCAGUCAUAUUCAUGAAAUGAGAAAUGGUUAACUUUUAACUCCCCAAAACAUAUUGAAAUGGCCCCUAAAUGUCUAUAACCAGGGACUAGAACUGCAUCACCUUUAGUGGCGCUUAAAAAAAGUUUGCUGUCCUUAACAUCUGUUAUAUAAAUCUGUUACCAGUGAUGACACACUUGUACUGUGGCUGCUAUAGGACUAGAAAAGUAUAAUGUAUGAACUGCUCAGUAUCAUGUUAGCCUUCCGCCAUUGUCUAGAAGGGUCUCAGUACACUUAUGCAAGGGUUCCCAGGUCAGGGAUUGUCAGAUGUCCAGUCCUUUCAGAUUGCCAAGACAUUGUCACCCCAGACAUUUUGUGAUUUUAGGUCAUCUUAUUGUUUUGCAAUUCCCAGGGUAUGGUUGGUUUUGUGCUGUAUCACCUUUCAAAUCACCAGACUAGUCUGUGCAUGGAGACAGCCCUGACCUACAGAGUCAUGGAAAUAAACAGUGUAUUGCAUGAAUGUUCAUGAAAUACUGCAGCUAUAAAAAUGAAGAUGAUUGAAUAACCAACGAGCCCUUUGAAGGGACAUGGAGUUUGUUUAAGGCCAUGAAUUAUGUAACAAGUGCAGUGCAUGAGGGAGGGGGAGUAUGUAUAAACCUACAUUAAAGAGAUCAAUUCCUUGUGUCAAUGUAAACAGCUGCAUGCAAGCAGUAAUUCAGAACAGGGCAAUUUAGACAUUCUCUUGUUAGUUUGAAUACAUGCAAGGUUCCAAAGUCAGAUCCAGUAAUGAGAUUCACAUUAAAUGUCACGUCUUCCAACACGGAUGUAAUCAAUCCCGUUUCUAGGUGUUUUCAGAAACGAAACGCACUGAACCAGAUCUUAAGCUGUGCAUAUUCAUUUUUAGUCUGGUAUUAGAAUCAGCAGCCACAGUACAAGUUUGCAUUUAAAUCGUGGUAGAAAUCUAUACCAUUUUUUAAACCUCCUUAAGUGUGUUUGACGAGUUACUUGUAAACUGUUAGCCUUUAAAAAGUGCUGCAAUAUAUUGCAAGAUUUCUUUCUUCAUCUCUACAUGCUGUUUAUUGUGACUGGGACAAAUCAUAAUCCUGGGUUAAAUCAACUGCUUCUUAUGCCUUGAUAUCAAUAUUUUUUUAUGCCAGGAUUUCUUAACUGCAGUCUCAUGGGGGGUGCCUAAUAGUGCAGCUUUCGUCUCAGGUUUGUUUGCCUGAUGUACUUUACACAGAGUUAAAAGGGGGUUUUGUAGAGGUGACCAAGAUACAGACCAAGAAAGCUUUAGUCAAUGUAAAAGUAAUUACCUCCCAGUAUUAGAUUAAUAGUUCCAAAUAAUCAUUGUACUGCAGUGUAAUAAAACAUUUUAAAAGGCAAUUUAAAAAAAAAAAUCUUUCAGAAGGGUCUCCUCUCUAAAUUACAUUAAAUUCACAUUCGCUUCAUGCUAAUGAUCUCAUAUAAUAUAAAGUGUCAGACAAGGCUGUCUGCAAGUGCUGAUAUAAAAGUCAAUACCUUUCCUCAAAGAAGCCACAGAUACAACAUUCGGCCACCGGGUGGCAGGCUUUCUAUUGAAAUCAUCAACACCAUGUAGCAUUUUAAAAGAUAUGUCAAUACAAACGUUUUAACUAAAAAUAUCCCCCUUUUUGCUCUGCUUAAAAUGUUCAUCAGGACUUUCUUUUAUGCAACUGAGACAGAUUGGAGGGGUCAUUCCUGCACUGCUGCUAGACUUUAAAAAGUCAUAUUAUUACUCAAAGGGUGUACUUGCCAAAGCCCCUUUUCUGUCUGCUUCAAGAACGCAGAGCCGUGAAGCUGUUAUGUUCCAAUGCUUGUGCCUUGCCGCUGCACAUGUCCUUGAGCCAGGGAGAGAAGUGGGUUUGUCUGACGGCUUAAAAUACACACCACUUAAAAUAGACAAAGAUUGGGGCAAGAGUGACAUGUGACUAAAACUAAUAGUUGAACUCCUUUUAGAUGCAGCCUAGGAAAAGACUAUGCAGAAGAGACUGGAGAAAAACAGCAUUGCACUUACUGUACUAAUUUUCAAUUAUAUAUAUAUACACA